CCCACUUGUUCCCCUCGGUCAUUGUUCUGAUUUAUUUUUGAAUCAUGUCGUCCUCGCGGGAGAGUAUCAAUCCUCUCCGUCCCUACUACAUCCCCCCAUCACUGGGUCUGGAUACCUCCAAUGGUUCCUCCCCUCCCGAGGCGUCAUCAACCCAGGUUUUUGGCAGCUCUGCUCGCGACUUGUUGCCGGACCUCGACUAUUCGGACUACCUGGAAAGCUCGCCGUCGGUCUCUAGCUGGCUCCGCGAUGGUCUGGACAGCUCCAUCAGACGCUACUUGAGUACAUUGACCGGUCAACCGUUGGAUGUUGCCAAAAUCAUCCUUCAAGCCUAUGUCGCCCCCGAUGCGUUGGACGGUUCAGGUCCCCGAGAGUCGCAUCGGAGACACCCGUCGACGCCUGCUAGUGAUUCUUAUGAAGAAGAAGAGGAGUACAAUUCCUCUGAUGACGAGAGCAAUUAUUUCACCUCGUCGGCCCCCGCGGUGGCUUCGCCGUCCACGCCACGGUCGAAGAAGUCGCGACGUCAGAUCACCGAUCGAAGCGGCUACAUCCCGUCUUCGAACUCGUCUCGACAUGCCUUGGCCGUCAAAAAUCCGGACUCGCUCAUGGACGUGCUCUCCCAGCUCUGGACCAACAGUGGCCCCACGUCGCCGUGGAAAGCGACCAACACGACCUUCAUCUACUCGCUCCUCCUACCGACCCUGAACACCUUCAUUCGCAGUCUCCUGUCGGCCAUUGUCGGCUUACCCGAGGAGGAUGUGACGGCCUCCGUGGCGGCGGACAUUCUGACGUCAAGCUCGCCGCUUGCGACCCUGAUCCUGUCGUUCAUCUCCACGUCGCUGUCGGCCAUUGUGCUGGCCCCGAUUGACACGGCGCGCACGUUCCUCAUCUUGACACCGGCCACUCACGGACCCCGCUCGCUCCUGCGCGCCAUCCGGCAGAUCCCGACCCCCAACUGCACGAUCCCCGCCCACCUCGUGCCCAUCACCAUCCUCCAUUCGAGCUUGCCGAACCUCAUCUCCAACACAAUCCCCUUGUUCCUCAAGUCCUACCUGUCCAUCGAUCCCGUCAUCAACCCCUCCAUGUGGAGCCUGUUCUCGUUCCUCGGCUCCAGCUUCGAGAUGGCCGUCCGAUUUCCGCUGGAGACCGUGCUGCGUCGGGCGCAGAUCGCCACGUACACCUCUCCCAGCAUCCGGCAGCAGUCGAUCGGAGGUCUGGAAGCCUCCAAGAGCCCGACGACCACAUCUCCAGGCACCUCCUCCGAGGUCGAGACUAUCGUCCCCACGCCCCAGACCUACCGCGGCGUCGUGGGCACCAUGUGGGGCAUUGUCUACGAAGAAGGGGUGGAGCCGAUGUCCGCCGAGGCCGAACAGGCCCAGCGAGCGCUCAACAAGCCACUCCUGCUCCGGCGACGACAAGGUCAGGGUCUUCGGGGUCUCUACCGGGGCUGGCGCAUCGGCAUGUGGGGCAUCGUUGGCGUCUGGGGAGCCAACCUACUAGGCAGUGCCGGCGGAGCAGACGACGAGGUGAUGGUCAGCGGUGGUCGAUUCUAGAAGACAGAUGAGUUUCGUCGUUUGUUGGAUGGGCAUACCCAGCAAAAUAUAGUUCAUUCCCUUUCCCUUCUCACUGCAUCCCUCUCCUCUCCUCUCCCUUUCCUUUCUUCUCUCGUUACCACACAACCCUCACCAACUUCGUGACGCCGGUACGGAGUUCUUCUUUUUGACUUGACUUGACUUGACAUAUGACGGAAGCGGGCAAGGCGUUUAUUUCAUCCGUUCGUUCUUUCAUCCUUCUUUCAAUGUGGGCGUGUUUUCGUCCUGUAGAUAAUCCAUAAUAUCGGGAGGUGUUUCCCUCCCCUUGUGCUUCUCUUUUUCUGCCUUCUUGUUCGGUUCUGGAUUAACGGCGAUAUACCAAUCAUAC